CACCCACUCACUCACUCACCGUGAGGUGAUCAGGUCUCAUCUGGUCAGGUCAGGUCAGGGCGCAUCGCAUCACAGCUGACUUUCCCACAGCAGCACCGGUCCAACCGCAACCCGAUAUUUCGAGACGUAAAGAACCGUCGCAUCGCCAUCCGCAAUUUACGGGCGGCAACAAUCGCUCUUUCGUCGGGACCCUGAAUUCCAUAGUAGCUCGAGUCACCACACCAGCCGCCACUGAACAGACGACAGACCGCCGCCCGUGGCUGGGCAACUACGCAACAAUGAGCCGAGCGACACCGCGCAAGGCGCGUCACGCUCGCCAUCCCUCCAACCUCAUCCCCGCCGUCUCCGACUACGAGUCCGACGCCGCCGCCAUGCAGGCCUCGUACGCGCCGCCGCCGCCGCGGACCAACACGGAGCUCAACUUGUCCGUCCUGCAGCGCUACCUGCCCUCCAUCCAAGGCAUCCUCAGCAUCGCCGCCAACGCCGUCAUCUACACCUUCGACAGCAGCUCCGAGAGCUGGGACAAGUCGGGCAUCGAGGGAACCCUCUUCGUCUGCGCGCAGAACCCUGCGCCCGAAGACGCCAGUCACCGGCCGCGCGCCUGCGUCUUCGUCCUCAACCGCCGCGGGCUCGAUAACCUCGUCGUGGACCUCGCCAGGGUCAGUCACGUCGAGAUCGCGGGCGAACUGGUCAUUCUUCGGGUCGUGGGCGACUGGGAGGAGGGCGACAAGGUGCUCGGUAUCUGGAUACAUAACGACAAGGACGAGACGCGAGAGAUCAACGGCGCCAUGAUCCAAGAAAGCUGGAGGGCUGUGCAAGCAGUCGGUGCGUCCGAACAGGGUCAAGAGGUGGGCCCGGCCAUGCAAGCCAUAGGGAGGCGGCUGUCGCUCAGCGAUCUGUUUGGAAAGCAAAAUGGUGCAGCCGCAGGACACUGAGGUGCCGACGACAUGAUUCACGAUCAACGAACCCUCGUUACCUAGCACAGGCCAAAACCGACACGAACUCGCGCGACCUAGCCCGCCUUAACAGGACAUCACCACCCGCCUCACUUCAUGUGUGAUUUCGAAGAUGUCAAUGGAACCAAGAAGGUCGCCUGCGGCUCCAUAGAAGCAGGAGAAUGUAAUCCUAGCCAUGUCCUAGGUGUCCAUAGGCUUCGCAACUGUCUACAGAGAAACCGAAUAUGGCGAUGGCUGCAAACGCCGCUCCACAAUCCCAUCCUCGACGCCCUCAUCGCACGUUCAUGGCCCGUAC